UUCAAUUUCUGCAGUAUUUCACGUUGGUUAUAUCGAGUGCGGACGAUUUUUAAUUUUUCUUUUUGGGGGAAAGAAAUAGUUAAAUAAGUUUUAUUUAAAGAAAAAAGUAAUUAAUUAAAAAGGUGUUUUAGAAAAUAAAAGCAAAUAUGGCCGCACAAACAAUUUUAUUCGAUUUCACUGUUGACAAAGAACGUUCUGGAGAUGCUAAGGAACGUCAGGAAAUAGCAAAAGUGUUACGCCAUGAAUUAGAGCACAUCUUCCCUCAACUGGAAAUGGCCUAUCAAAUGCCCAUGGAUGAUGGUUACUUUGCUGUAUUAGCUGAAAAUAAGGAAACAAUUGUUACAUUGCGUAUCUUCCCCCAAGGUUUGGUAACCAUCAAUGUGGAAUAUUAUUUGGAAGAAGGAAAAGAACAAUUGAUGUCUUUUGAUACAAUGCGUGCAUUGGAAUUAAUAUUACAACAAAAAUUAAAUUCAGAUCGUUCCAAAUAUUUGCCGCCUAUUAAACGUGGUGGAUAUAUUGAUAUUUACAUGACUAGUUCAGACGAACGUAUCAUUGAAUACGAUAUUGAUUCUUUGGUUUAUGAGGCUCGUUCACCAUUCCAAAAAAUCCAAAUUCUGCACUCGAAAACCUUGGGCAAUAUGUUGAUUUUGGAUGAGUUGCAAAAUAUUGCUGAAUCCGAUUUAAUCUACACCGAAACCCUAAUGGGUCGUGGAGUUGAAAACUAUGAAGGCAAAGAAAUUUGCAUUUUAGGCGGAGGCGAUGGAGCUCUUCUCUAUGAACUGCUUAAAGAGAAACCAAAAUUUGUUGUUAUGCUUGAAAUUGAUGAGUUGGUGAUGCAGGCCUGCAAUAAGUAUUUAAACAGUAUUUGUGGUGAUGUUUUGGAGAAACGCAAGGGCGACAACUAUGAGAUUAUUGUCGGAGAUUGUGUUGAGUAUAUGAAGAAGUUUAUUGGCGAAGGUCGUAAAUUUGAUUACGUUUUUGGUGAUUUGACCGAUAUACCCAUAUCAGGUGCCCCCAUUGGUGAAUGUUGGGAUUUUAUACGCACAAUUUUGGAGCAUUCAUUUAAAAUCUUGAAGCCAGAUGGUAAAUAUUUAACCCAUGGCAAUGGCACCAGCUGUUUGGAGUCGUUGGAAUUGUUUGAAGAACAGUUGGGUCUCUUGAAACCCAAAGUUAAGUUUACCACCUCGAAGGCAUUUGUGCCCUCGUUUAUGGAAGAAUGGCUUUUCUAUCAAGUUUCCUUGGCUUGACGAGGUAAUAGUCUGACAAAGGCUAAUUUACAGCGACGACUAAAAUUACAACAACAGCAACAAUAUAAUUUACCAAUGAAAAAGGCUUCCUUUAAACACGAACGUAUCAUCCACCCUAAGAGCUUUUCAACUGACAAAAAAGUAUGUCUUUUGAACAUUCAUCAAACCUCCAAUAAACGUUUCCUUUAUCACACAUCAGUAUCUUAGUCACUUUGUUUUUGGUUAAAUCAACUUGCCGCCUCUUCUUCUACAUCAUUUUUUAUUAAUUUCCACAAUAACAAAAAACAUACCAAAUAUUUAAGACCAACAUUUAAUUAUUUUAAGUUAGCAUUUAGUUAACUUAAGUUUUAACCUGUUACCCGCCCUAUUGUUUUAUAAAAAAAGUUGUAUAAGCGCAUAAAACCAUGCGACUUGUAUUAAUUUUCAAAGAAGAAUAAAUUAAAAUUUUAUUUUUAGGUUUUA